GGGAGACCUGCCUUACCGGUUACUUGUGAACAUGAAUAUGACUAGCAACAUAUACACAUAUAAAAAUAAUAUGGAAAUAAAAGAAAGGAGGAAAAUGAUAAGGGGGCCGGAGUUCGACAUUUUACGUCCCCUCCGACUGACGACACGCUUGUCGAUUUCUGUCGAGUGUAGUUACUGAGUACGGGCAUUUUACGGGAAGAGAAAGGUCUACCCGGACUGGGACCUGUGGGGGAGAAAUGUAAACACGUCGGGUUUGAUUGAAUAUCUGUGUUUGAGCUUGAGAUAACAGAGAGUACAAACACAUACUUAACGCGGAUUACUCUGUAUGUGUGUAUAGCAGGCUGGGGGAUACAGGAUUCAUAUUGUUACCGAAAGCUAUCAGUCGAAAUGUGCUUUGGAAAAUAGCUUUUUAAAGAUGUUUUUAUGGAGGUUUACCUGAAAUGUGUACAGUGUUGCUCAAAUUAAAGUGUUGAAGACAGAAGAAAGUACAUAAGAAGGAUGAAUAUGGAAACGGAGAGUGAGAUACCGGAGGAGACACGUAAUACCGGUCAGGGAUCAAAGGAUCGAGGGUCAAGUAAAGUUGACCCAAGUUUUAAGUCAAAGCGCUAUCGUGAUAAACUGCGUACUGAAAUCAAGGCUUUGGAGACGCUUAUUCCGAUCGAUAGAUCAACACUACAUCGAAAGUUAGACAGUCAGACCAUCUUCCGAUUGGUGAUAUCUUACUUCCGCUUGAAAGUCCUCUUUAAGGCUAUAUGUCUCCCUGGAGAGGCGGACGAAAGUACGGACGGAACAGCAGAAGAAGAAGAAGAACGACACAUAGCCGAAAAGUACUUCGAGGGUAAAAACAUUUCACAGAUAUUGGAUGGAUUUCUGCUGGUAGUUGCUACUGAUGGUACCAUACUGUACGCGUCUGAUAAUGUCCUGCAGUAUCUAGGGUUCAACCAGGUCGACCUUCUGCACAGAUGUAUUUACGGAGUUAUACAUCCCGACGACCAUUUUGAUCUGAAAUUGGUCUUUGAGCAGCCGUCAGUCCCUGGGGACUCCGGGUGUCAUCAACAAAGGGGAGACAACCAAGAAACAGCUAGGCCAACAUCAUUUAUUUGCAGAAUGAAAUGCUUCAAUGGGACAGCAGCAGGCUAUCUGAAAAUACACUGCGUUGGAAAAGUUGACAAUUUUCCUGAACUCGCAUCAAAGUCAACAGGAAGUUUUCUACAAGUCAUUCGACUCUACUGUCAGCCGUUCAUGCUAACCGGAAAUGACAUCAACGAUGACCUCAAGCAGAACGUAUUCUGGAGUAAACACGAUAUGGAUCUUAAGAUAAACGAACUCGAUAAAAAAGCGGCGGCCAUGACUGGAUAUGACGUAGACGAGUUGGAUGGCCGUUCUAUUUAUGAUUUUGUCCAUCCAGAAGAUGUCGCUGCAUUCGCAUCUUGUCACAAAUCACUUGUGGAGAGCACAGAAGUUCAAACCUCCUACUUCCGGUUUAUAACAAAAGACAAUGACUUGAUCUGGCUGCACUCACGAGGAAAGGUCAUCAGUAAGAAUUCCAAGAAGUUCUCUGUAGUCUUUACCCAUUGUCCCGUCAGAGAGGAAGACAGCACGUUCUUGCAACAAGAGUCGACACUCCGGCAGCGAUACGCUAUAAACGAUCUGCUACAAUUGAUCCAAUAUGGCUACUACACAAAUACUACCCGAGCAAAUACUGGGCGUAGUGACAGCCUCGGGAAUCAAAAGACUAAUGGCCAAAUAUGUACACCUCACAUAGGCUUCACCGAGGAUGCAUCUUUGUCCUUCUAUAGUGCGCUGGUCAGUUGUCCGUCCACUCUGCAUGCCAUGAACGACCGACAUUCUCCUGUCCUGCCGUCCACUCAUGUAGCACAUAAAAUCACUCAACGGGAGAAACAACUCCAGUUUCAGGAAUUCAGAAGACGGCAAGAGUUUGACCAAGACCGCAUGGUCGCAGGCAAUCAACCGGCAGAAUUUAUCCCAUAUCUCUGGCAAAUGCAACAACCCGCCAGUUUCGCUCACCAGCAACAACAACAGCAACAACAAUCAGAAGAAAAUCCCCACCAUCAGCAGUACUCUAUUCGUCCUCGUGCCGAAGUGAACACUUGUGAAGCAAAAAAGAUAAAAUCCGAGCCGGGAUACAAUGCACCAUAUCAACCAUGUUCUUACAACUCAUAUCCUGUUUUUCAGUAUCCUGGAACAAGCCCUGUAAACUGCGGACCUUGUGUGGCAUACGAGCCCCCUGUUUGCUCACUUCCUUCAUCUGACCACUUAGUAUUUAAUUUCCCACCGUCUCCACCUGUAUCGCCAAGGAGGUUCUUACCAGAUAGAUAUGCUAUGUUUUCACCUCAUCAACCAGCUUACUAUCCCCCUCGGUUUCCUCCUCCCUCCCAACGUUUCAUGUACAGCAUCGACCAUAGCUCAUAUCACUUUCCACCAGCUUACCACAAUGUGAUUAGUGCUACCAAUAGCCAGCCGAUUUCGUCGUUCGUGGCUGGUGCUGGCGCCGUUGCUAGUGUCGGAAAGAGUUCCGAAUCAGUUCAAAAUCAUAAUAGUGCUACUACUCGCAUUCAUACAAAACCACACGCUAAUAUCAGACUUUCCAUGCACUGUGAUUACUCCACGCCUAAAUUACAAGGUACAUUGGAAUCAAACGACAUCAAAUUCAGUCCGUCCUCGUCUAAACACCAUCUACAUUCCGUGCCAUCAAAAAGGCAACGACUGCAAUCUCAUCUCCAGCCGCAAGGAGCUUGUGGGUAUAUCAACCAAGUUGAAGGGGAGAGCAUAGAAUACGAUAUCGAGGCAUCUAUACAUAUGAAGAUAGUGGACAAUUCAGUACCAAAAUGUACCGACACCAAACCAGAGGUUGACUUACCGUCGAUUGGCAGUUUUCUAGAUUAUCUUAAUGACGGAUAGUGACAUUUUGCCUUUUAAGCUUGAGUCUGUGAACUGUGUGAGCCUGGAUCAGCUGAAAACUGGAGUUUCACUGUUUAGGUUUCAAUUUUCUUUUAUUGCGUUAAAAUUUUGGGUAAAACCGCGUAAAAGUGAACCGUGGUAAAAUCAGCAUCUUUCGGACAUGUUUGUUUUUCAUUUUCAAGCAUAGAUUCUUGCUGUAAAUCAACAUGUAUAAUGGUACCAGAUAGUGAUACAUUUAUUUUGCCAUGAAGAUGUCAAGAAAGAAAGUGAUUAAUGUAUGUUGCCAUGUAGAUGUCAAGAAAGAAAGUGAUACGUGUAUUUUGCCAUGUAUGCUUCAAGAAAGGUACUGAUACAUGUAUUUUGCCAUGUAGAUUUCAAGAAUAAUUCAUAUCGGGUAUUCGGAAUAACAUCAACGAACCCAGGGGAUCUUGUGUGUUCUGAUGGUCAAUUAAUUAUGUCUCGUCUUAUCAGUAUGCUGCAUGAAGUACUUGUAACUGUGGAAUAUCCAUUGUAUUGCGUCGUGCCUUUAAUUUCGAUCAGUGCCUUAAGCUACACCUGAACAUAUACAGCUGUCCGUUUACAGGAAAUGUAUAUUAAAAUUCUGCCAGUAACAUAUAUAAUAUUUUUUGUUGGUUAUUGUGUGUUUUACAUGGUGUAUUUCAGUACAUUUUGAUGAAAUAAAGUGCUUCUAUUUUCAAUUUGCUUUCCCUCGAUAACAAUCUAACGUAUACAUAUAUCUUUAUGAAGUCGUUAUAGUGAACAUUUGGUCUUUUGUUAGAAACAAUGCGCGUUGUAAAAAAAAAGUAGAAGUGCAAUAUGCCGGAAUGUUUUGUCAAUUAAAAAAUAAUUGAUAUUUAUUCUACGGAAUACAAACUUUGUUUUCAGUUUUAUCAUUCGCUGGGUGUCAAUAGUCAUUAUGUAUUUGAGAAAAACACGAUUAUUUCUUGUAGUUAAAGCGAUAUAUCUUCCUGAUAGAAUCAACAUUUGUGGACAGUACGAAUGAUAUUGACUCACGAUAAGAAAUUCAUAUAUCUUUAUGAUAAUAAGAAAAGAAAAUAGAUGAUAGCCUAACAACUCCGAAACCAGCCGACCUAAAAAAAAAAAGAAGAACCUAUCUAGUGACAUCUUAAUAUACCUUAAAAUCUCCAAAACGAGUCUACCUAAAAAAGGAAGCCUAUCCUGAAAAUAAGCCUACAUUUUCCUAGGAACAAACUUUACUUGAAAAUAGUCCUUGUUUGAAAAUAAGUCCUUUCUGAAAAAAGAUAUAAUGUUCAGUUUAUAUAGUGUCCGAUAAUGUCCAGAAGGUCUUAUUCGAAAUGAUGACGUAAGCCCAUUGUCAGUUCUAUACCUCUGUCACUGCUCUAUUGCACAAACUAAUGUGGAUACCACGUUUAUCAACAUUCCGUAUAUAAGCAAUUCAUACUUCACGGACCGUGUAAGUUCUGGUUUUGGCAUUUUAAUAUCAUAUUGCACAAAUAAUAAAUAAAUUGGUCAUAACAGGGCCUUCAUUCCUAUAGGAAUAAUAGUUUUCAAUUAUAAAAAAAAUCAAUUUGGGAUUAAGCUACAUUAUGCUUUUUAUAUUAAUACCUUGUAUGUAUUUUGUACAACGAAUUGAUGCAAUGGAAACUCAUGUGCUAAUAUCAUAAUAGCUAAAGGAAGAUGUUCUUACUUUGACUGUUAAGAUUUCUCUCUUGCAAAAAUUAUCGUUUAGUGCUAAAAGGUUUUUCCCUCACAUUCUUAAUCUUUCUUUAUGUGUAAUGAUAUCAUUGUGUAAUGAUAUCAUCAUUCGAGGGGCCGCGGUGGCCGAGUGGUUAAGGUGUCCCGACACUUUAACACUAGCCCUCCACAUCUGGGUUGUGAGUUCGAAA